AUGCGAAGGUUGGAGUUAAAGAAGAGAAUGGGCGUUCCCAAGUUUUACAGGUGGAUAAGUGAGAGAUACCCGUGCCUCAGUGAAAUCGUCAAAGAGUACCAGAUACCAGAGUUUGAUAAUCUGUACCUCGACAUGAACGGAAUAAUCCAUACAUGUUCCCACCCCGAUGACAACAAUCCCCACUUCAGGAUAACUGAGCAGGACAUCUUCUCAAACAUCUUCCACUACAUAGAAGUGUUAUUCCGCAUGAUAAAACCUCUUAAGAUAUUCUUCAUGGCUAUCGAUGGAGUGGCUCCCAGAGCUAAAAUGAACCAGCAGAGAAGCAGGAGAUUCAGGGAGAGACCUGUCAAGCACGAUAUGUUGAAAUAUUAUGCAAAAAAAUAA